AUGAGUUAUAGUGCGGGCCCUCGGGGCUGCGCGAGCAGGUCUAGGACGCCGAACGAUGCAUCCCCGUCGCACCCGGGGGCCAUCCAGGUCUGUCUGCAGGAGUUGACUACUUUCGGUUUUCCUUCAUUAUAUGAAGAAUCCAAAGGUAAAGAGACAAAGAAACAAUUAAAUAUAGUUGCUGUUUUAAAUUGCAUGAAUGAGCUACUUGUACUUCAGCGGAAGAACCUUCUAGCUCAGGAAAAUGUGGAAACACAGAAUCUGAAACUGGGAAGUGAUAUGGACCAUCUACAGAACUGCUAUGCAAAACUUAAGGAACAACUGGAAACCUCCAGGAGAGAAAUGAUUGGUCUUCAGGAAAGAGACAGGCAGUUACAGUGCAAGAACAGGAAUUUGCAUCAGCUACUGAAAAGUGAGAAAGAUGAGGUGCAGAAAUUACAAAAUAUCAUUGCAAGUCGAGCUACUCAGUAUAAUCAUGAUAUGAAGAGAAAAGAGCGUGAAUAUAAUAAACUAAAGGAACGUCUACAUCAACUUGUUAUGAAUAAGAAGGAUAAAAAAAUAGCUAUGGACGUUUUAAAUUACGUGGGGAGAGCUGAUGGGAAAAGAGGCUCCUGGAGGACGGGUAAAACUGAAGCCAGGAAUGAAGAUGAAAUGUAUAAAAUUCUCUUGAAUGAUUAUGAAUAUCGUCAGAAACAAAUCCUAAUGGAAAAUGCUGAACUUAAGAAGGUUCUUCAGCAAAUGAAAAAGGAAAUGAUUUCUCUUCUUUCUCCCCAAAAGCAGAAACCUAGAGAAAGAGCAGAUGAUAGUACAGGAACUGCUAUCUCUGAUAUUGAAGAAGAUGCUGGGGAGCUGAGUAGAGAGAGUAUGUGGGACCUUUCCUGUGAAACUGUGAGAGAGCAGCUUACCAACAGCAUCAGAAAACAGUGGAGAAUUUUGAAAAGUCAUGUAGAGAAACUUGAUAACCAAGUUUCAAAGGUACACCUGGAAGGUUUUAACGAUGAAGAUGUAAUCUCACGACAAGACUAUGAACAAGAAACUGAAAAACUCGAGUUAGAAAUUCAGCAGUGUAAAGAAAUGAUUAAAACUCAGCAGCAACUUUUACAGCAGCAGCUCGCUACUGCAUGUGACGAUGAUACCACUUCGCUACUACGAGACUGUUACUUGUUGGAAGAAAAGGAGCGCCUCAAAGAAGAAUGGUCCCUGUUCAAAGAGCAAAAGAAAAAUUUCGAGAAAGAAAGGCGAAGCUUUACAGAAGCGGCUAUUCGCCUAGGAUUGGGUUCUGAUCGGGACAACCCUACAGUAUACUCGAGGCCACAGCAAAAGAAGCCUCAUGGUGCGCCUAGUGGGUCUCCAGUUUGCACGUCUAAACUUACUAAAUCUCUUCCUGCGUCUCCUUCUACUUCAGACUUUUGCCAGACACGUUCCUGUGUAUCUGAACAUAGUUCAGUCAAUGUACUGAAUAUAACCCCUGAAGAAACUAGGCCAAAUCAGGUUGGAAGAGAAUGUACGAAUCAGAAGUGGAGUGUGGCAUCAAGGCCUGGAUCACAGGAAGGUUGCUAUAGUGGAUGCUCCUCAACCUACACAAAUUCCCACGUCGAGAAGGAUGACUUACCUUAGACGUGUGAACUGGGAUUUUUUUUUUUUCCAUUAACAUGUUCAUCAGAUUUCACAUCUGAGUUGAAACAGGGUGUGUUAUAAAGUCAAUCAUCUCUAAUAACUUAAGAUGGUCUGUGUUGUUUGUUUGGACUUCCCUGUUCCUCCCCCAAAGAGCUAAAAUGUUAAAUCUAUUUAAAUGGAUAUAAAAGCUUUGGAUAUGUAUUUUUAGUAACAGAAGCAUCUGGUUCUGUGAAUAAAGGAAUGUAUAGACGUUUGGAUGGAAACAAAGCACUAGAAGGAGUUUCCUCUUAUAGGUAUUAAAAAUAGCACUUUUAGGAAACUGACUAUUGUAAAUGUUUAAUUUUGUCUCAUAUAUAGCUGGCAUUGGAAGUUUAGCCUUUCCUUGAAAGUAUACUGUAGAUUUUUAACAAAGCAAGUUCUAUAUUUAUUAUGUUUAGUGUGAUUUGAA